UCCAGCUGCGUGGCCAUUUAUCCUGCUUCCAAUGGACAAGUGUAAUUCCGGCCAACCUCCGAUAUCAAGGCUAAAUAAUUAGUCUACUACCGCAGUUGGUACAAGGAAAGCGAGAUCUAUGCUUAAAGUGCCAUAGCAGCAACCGAGGUCAUCGUCCAAAGGGAUAUAGAGUAAGUAUAUCGACAGUACGUAUUGUACCUUGAGAAGCGGAAAUUUUCCGGCUGCGGAAACUUCUCGGUUGCUUCCACUCUUCCCCUGCCUGAGUUACCAACUAUGAUCGACCCCCCAGGUUCCACAGUCCAGAAACCUGGGGUAAAAUCAAGUUAGCUAGCAGUAUCCCUCACAUCCUGGCGACGGAAAUGUUCCUUCCUGCGAGAGGGGAGGGAUAGCAAAUCCGGAACGUAUCACAUGUGUACCAGGGCAUAUGAUGCUGCGUUAAAUUCAGUCAACUUGCCCAGCGUCAGCUUAACGUCUGCCCCCUCUGCUUAACGACUGCACAGCCAAGCAAGAAACACGGUUUGCCCAUUAUGGCCAUCGCAGCAGUUCUUUCGUUCCUGCAGCAAAGCAUUCUCGAGUCUCCGUUGCAGUCAUUGGCUGCAACCGCCUUCAUCGUCCCGGUUCUCUAUAUUAUAAUCAACGAAUUCAUUCGAGCCUCCGCUCGAGUAUCCGGUCUUAAGGGCCCCCGUGGUCUUCCUCUGAUCGGAAACCUUGCGCAGAUCCGAAAAAAUGCCGCUGAACAAUAUCGCAUAUGGUCUAGAACGCAUGGACCCGUUUAUCAGAUUCAGCUGGGAAAUAUUCCAGUUGUUGUCGUGAAUUCGGCGGCGGCGGCAAAAGUUCUUUUUGGACACAAUGCACAAGCUCUGAGUUCAAGGCCGGAAUUCUAUACUUUCCACAAAAUUGUAUCGAACACAGCUGGCACAACAAUCGGUACUUCUCCUUACAGUGAGUCACUUAAGAGGCGCAGAAAAGGCGCUGCUUCAGCCCUCAAUCGUCCUUCUGUGGAAUCAUAUAUUUCGCACCUAGAUGUCGAGUCUAGAUCUUUCGUGGAUGAGCUCUACAGAUAUGGAAAUGGUGGUGAAACACCAGUGGAUCCUAUGCCGAUGAUUCAACGUCUAAGCUUGAGCUUGUCCUUGACUCUCAAUUGGGGGGUACGUGUGGCCUCCCAAGAAGAAGACCUAUUUGCCGAGAUUACCCACGUCGAGGAAGAGAUCAGCAAGUUCAGAAGCACCACUGGCAACCUGCAGGACUAUAUUCCUCUUUUACGACUAAACCCUUUCAAUAGCAACUCAAAAGUUGCCAAAGAAAUGAGGGAUCGACGUGAUCGGUAUCUCACCGCUCUAAACCGAGACUUGGAUGAUCGCAUGAAGAAAGGCAUUCAUAAGCCCUGCAUCCAGGCGAACGUUAUCCUUGACAAAGAGGCAAAACUGAACUCCGAGGAACUCAUAUCAAUCAGCUUGACCAUGCUUUCUGGAGGUCUCGACACAGUCACGACCCUUGUGGCUUGGAGUAUUGGCCUUCUCUCCCAGCGGCCUGAUAUUCAAGAGAAGGCCGCAAAGGCGAUUCGAGAUAUGUAUGGGCAUGAUCAGCCCUUGUGCGAUCCCAUGGAUGAUCAGAGAUGCGCCUACGUGGCAGCCUUGGUUAGAGAAUGCCUAAGAUAUUUCACAGUCCUUCGUCUCGCGCUUCCCCGGACUUCGAUUAGAGAUGUGGUAUACAACGGCACAGUAAUCCCCAAGGGCACAGUGUUCUUCUUAAAUUCCUGGGCCUGCAAUAUGGACCCCGAAGUCUGGAGCGACCCCGAGGAGUUCCGGCCGGAAAGAUGGCUUGAGCAACCAGACGCACCUCUUUUCACGUAUGGCAUGGGCUAUCGUAUGUGCGCUGGCUCACUACUCGCGAACCGUGAACUGUAUCUUGUCUUUAUGCGCACACUAAAUGGUUUCCGCAUCGAGCCACUUGGUGAGACUGACUGGCAUCCUGUUCGGGGCAAUUCGGACCCUACAAGUCUCGUGGCAAUCCCAAAAAAGUAUAAGGUUCGAUUUGUUCCAAGAGAUGAAAAGGCACUCGCAAAAGCACUGGGCCGGUGAUUGGCAAUUUUGUCUUACGGUCUGUAUUGAGGGGGUGAAGCGAACAACUGAUGUUGCCUACAACCUAUAUACUAUACGGAAGCUGGGUAUGGCGACUGGCUUGUGCCUUGGACAUUAGCACACUACGCCGGGGAGAAUUUCAUUAUUCCCGGCUCACCUCGGGAGAUUCCAGGGACAUCAGCUCGAGUCAAAUUACUAUUAGCGACCACCUGCGUCCGGACACUUUCUUCAAACCCUCCUGGUUGUAUAAAAUUUAGG